AUGUCACCCAACACCAGUUUCACCAAGGCCACGCUCUCCUAUCCGGUCUACGCCGCCGACUUCGAUCCUUAUAAUCGAGGAUAUUUACUCGUUGGCGGAGGAGGAGGUGAAGGCCGUAGCGGAGUCCCCAAUAAAAUCAGCCUCCUCGACGUCUCUUCUCGCUCGACUCUCGACACGGUCGCCGAAGCCGACCUUACCAGCCAGGAGGAUGCCGUCAUGACUCUGGCAAACUUGGCCUCCAAGGACGGCCUUAUAACCUUCUCUGGUAUAAAUUCCUCGGAAAAGGAGCGUGUCGCAGACAACAACCAGCACCUACGCGCCUUUCAGGUUGCCUACCCCAAGAAGAAAUCACAAGGGUCGAAGAAGAGUGAAAAGCAGUCCAAGGGCAACAUCUCAUUCUUGAGCAAGACGUCUUUGUUUACGUCCCCCAAGAAUGAGAUAGUGAAGAAGGAUAACUACCAGCGCCUGCUGCGGUUGUCUCCCGCCCAAAAACGUGACGGUGGACACAAGCGUAUCGGCGCAAUAGCGACUGGUCUGAACCCAGAGUCGGAGUUGGUUGUCUUCAACGCGACGAGCAAUGCACCUUCGGAGGCAGACGUCAUUUACCGGAUUCACCCAAAGGAAGGCGCCGACGUUAACGACGUCGACAUAUACGAGCCUUCCGAGGGCCAUUUCAAUGUGGCAUACUGCACUGACCGGCAAGUGUUCAUCUACGACAUUGCCUACGACUUCAGGAACAAAAGGGCUACCUCGGUCACUUCUUCAAAUGAAUUCGUCCCUGCAUAUACCCUGCCAUUCCCCGACGUCUUCAAGGGCGGUCCGCGCCCGACGAUUAAAUACCUCCGUUGGUUGACCCCGACUCAUCUUCUUCUGUGCUGCAACCUGCCGCAGCGUAAAGGCGCGGAACUCCUAGUCCUUCACACGCAUCCCACAGGGCCGGGAGAGGUCAUAUUGAAGAAGAAGCUGCCAACCAGGAUUAAGGCGGCCGGUGGCAUGGAUGUUUGUUCCCUGGACGCAGACCCCGAAACCGGCGCGCGACAGGUCGUUGUUGCUAUUGCCGGUCACGAUAUCGCUAUCCAUGUCUGGACGCUUGACUACUCGGGUCCCAAAACAGAUACUAUCAGCAGGUUCCGCUCCUGCACCACUCUCCAGGACGUCCAUCCGCUCCAGAUGACUAAAGUUGUCUUUUCUCCCUUCUAUUCUCCUUGGCCACCCAAAUCGAAGAACGGUUCCGCUCCGAAGAGGCCAGGCCCGCAAUACUUACAGCUGGCAUCAACUUCGCUCGGCAAUACAGUCGUUGUCGAUACCUUCUCCUUGACGCCGGUAGCACCAAAAAAGCCUUACUCGCGCUACGUUCUGUCGACUCAAAAAAGCGCGCUAGUAAACACAGGAGUCCCGCUUUUUGUCGCGGGUUUCGCGCUGCUGGUCACGCUCAUGCUGCUCCAGUCCUACCUGGACCUGCAAAGCGGUGGUGUCGGCGAAAGCAAUAUCCAGCUGCUACCGCAAGGCCUGCGCGAUGCGUUCGCGAAAAUGCAGCCAAAGCUGCCACCCGGGGCGCGCGAGCCCGUGGUACAGGACGAGCAGGCAACGAGCUCGGUCAUUGUGGAGGAGCCAACAGCGAGUUCGAUGAUUGUGGACGAGCAAACCGCGACCUCGGCCAUCGUGGACGCCAUGCCAGACAUCGACGCCAUCGUCUCCGAAGUGCCCGGCGCUUAA